UUAUGAUUAGGGGAAAAAUCUUUGAUUUAUAGGCCAAGAAAAGUACUCCAAAAAAGUGACAAAAUGUUUUAGUUACUUCAUCUGGCUACCCUCUGAAUAAAAGAUUUGUUUCUUAAACAUUAUUUUUGACCUAACACAGUUAUGGAGUUAAUUUCUGGUUUUUGAUGUGGAGUACACAUAUUUUUAUGAUCCUGUUUAUGCUCGAAGUACUUAUUUGCACUUGCAGACAUCUACAUUAAAGUAAAAAGUGAUAUAUGUUAUUCAAUUUUCCCACCUUUUGAUAUGUGCUAUUAGAGAGACACACUGGGGUUUGGGGUUAUGUAAAAAUAUGUAAAACGUGAGCUUGCAUUUAACUAAUUUUAGAAGGAAAUCUAGCAGGCUAAGCCUAUAAAAACAGAAUAAUUCCUAAAACAUAUUUCAUUUACAAUUCUAGAUUGUCUUAAAUGACUUAAUAAGCUUGUUUGAAUUAUUCACUGCUGUGGUUGACACCCCAAACUAUAGUACAUAUAUGUAGGUUCCUACAAGCAAAACUCUGCUUCCAUGCAAUAAAGCCUGGGCUUUGAUUGGCCCAUUUAAAGUUGGGGAACACAUUUGACUGCCAACAGCAAGCGUUGCCAUAUUUUAAUGUCAUUCAAGGGUGUUAGAAUGAGCAGGAGAUUAGAUGGGGGCCCCUAAUUAUUUUGGCUUUAGUUCUGGAUUAACCCUCUGUUCUGUCGACUUCAAUUCACACUCGCCGUUUGAUGAAAUGUGAACUGACAUAAAUUCCGCGGCUCACUUUCAAUCCGAUUAUGCAGUUAAAUCACCGCAGUUCGAACCCAAGCAAGAGACUCUGGCGGGUCCCUAUUCUCCCGCUCCUCCGAAGCCCUGACAGCUCCUCCCCGAAACACAGGGACCCACGCUACCUCCUCACAGGACCCACGCUACACUCUUAACCCCACAUGAAUAGGGCCUAUUCAGCGAGCCAUAGGGAUGGAGUACUGGGACUUCUGGUCCUGACAGGGGGCAGCUCAACCAGUGAAGAAUGGUCCAGGCAGCUGGUGUGACUAAGCCAUGUCUUGUAAGGAUGGGGCGGAGUGGCGUAGACUGUGAAGGCAGGGAGGGAGACAGCUGAAUGAGCAUGCAAGAAGAUGUGAGCAUAAUGACCCCGGCAAUGGUGACAAAGCCUAAUUGGUCACGGAGGCCAGUGGCUAAUGAGCUGAAAAAAUGAGCCCAUGGGUGUGUAAUAACUGUAUUUUCUUCCAUUUCUUCUCCUUUCGUCACAGUCCUGUGUGGCAUUUUUAACCAACUAAAAUGGCACCAGAUGCAACAGGGCUCAGACAUUUUGACUUGAAUUGGGAAACCAUAUGUUCAGAUAAGUCAUGGUUUCCCGUUUCCCACAGGCAGGGGCCAGUGCAUCUGUGAGGAAAAGCACUGGUGGCCAGGAAACCCUGCUUUACGACUUUACACAAGAGCUUACGGUCUUGGAUGGCAUUACUUAGGCAUGAGAGGGUUUUUGCCUAAGAAAGGUGAAGAAAGCAAGAGAAAUGAAGAUGCAAUGGAAAUUGAUUGAGAUUUUUUACUUUUUUUACAUUUUGCAAAAGGAGAAUUGUAGUGAUUCUUAUAGUUUUACUUAUACCUAAAGGAAUAGUUAUUUAAAAUAAAACAAAAGCUCUUUUCAAUGCAAUAAAAGUGAAUGGUGGCAAAGGCCAUCAAGCAAGAUUUUCAGUGAGUAAUGACUAACAUUUUUCUUUUAAAGUGGUAUCAUAUGGCUUCAUAAGACUUGAGUGCGCAAGUUGUAUGGACUGCUUUUAUGGUGCUUUUUCUAUUUUUUCUAUUUACCUUCUUUAUAUAGAAAAGAGCAUUUCUUUUUGUGUUGAGGGUAAGUAAAUGGUGUCAGAAUUAAUUUGACAAAAAAAGUUUGUAAAUUAAUUUAUUUCAAUCAUAAUAAUAAACAUAAAUAAUUGAAAUUUAAUUCUACAUUUUUUUUUAUAUACAUUUGACCCUUUUAUAGAUAUUUUAUAUUAGCAAGCAUUUCAGCUUGUUUGGUGUGGAAAACCCUUUGGCAAUGAAAUCCAAAACAAAGGCUUUUCUCAGCCGCUCUUGCUGCUCACUUCAGAUUCUCCAUGACUCCAGUCAAGUGAAGUUACUACCUCAGUUUUUUUUUAAUAUACUGCACUUCUUGCCCUCGUGAACCUGUUGAGAGCCUCUGAAAGGGACCUGAGGAGUGCUACUGGUCCCUGAAAAUAGUGCUGACUGUCGGGCCGAAAAGGGGGGAGUCUGCUUUUAUUCAGUGCCUAAGAUAACAGCAUACAGAAUGAUAGACUUCUCUGAAUUGUUUGUUCCUCUUGCCCAUUGUUCUUCCCUCCAUUCAAUGAGUCUCUUAGCCGCACUUGAGGGGGGCCGUCACAGGUAGGAAGGCAACUGAGCUUAUUCCCAGCACAUGCUUGAUUGCCUCCUUAUAGACUCUCACUCUCAAGGCUCUGAAAGGCCUUGGCGGCCUGGUGAAUAAACUACUGCUCGCUUCCAUAAACUUUUUCUCCUCCCGAAUUUUCCGAGGAUGUGAGCAGAGAAGCUCAGAGCCAGGCUCGGGGGAAGCGUCUGAAAAGGGAGUCUGUUUGAGAAUCAAAGCCCACCGGGUCCACCCUCUCUGCACACGCACAAAGGACGAGGGUGCACCAGACCCUGCCCACCGAAGAGCAAACUUCUUGUUUGCACCAGUCCAGGACGCGCCGCCUCUAGAGUAAACGGAACUCACGUGGAGAGUUUGGUUGAACUUCAUUGUUAGAGCUGUCACCCAUGAAAAGGCUUCUCCAGCGGUCCGCUAUAAAACCCCUGGAAAAGAGAGGGACGGGCAAGAGCUCCUUCAUUCUGCCCCCUUGGACUCUAAUCUACGCAAGCCUCUGCAGUGAGAGUAGCAGCACGUGAAUUCCUCGCUGUCAUUUUCAACAAAAAAACGGAGCAAUGAUGUUGCCAAGUGUUAUUGCGCCACCUGCUAUGUAUCCAAACUUUCUGCGACCCUCGGCGGCUCUUUCAUUGCCUCCCACUUUACAGUCGGCGUUCACCACGCAUUCGAGUUUCCUGGUGGAGGACCUGUUGCGGAUCAGCAGACCUGCCACCUUCAUGCACAGGAGCAUCCCGUCUCCAAGCGCAUCUCCUCCGGCCACAGGAGCCACAACUCUGAACCACACCUCCGCAGUCCACAUCGCCAUGUCUACAUCUUUGCCAAAAAGAUCAAGCUCUCCACAAACAUCAAUUUCAAACGAUCCAAAUUACUUGAAGUUUGGAGUCAAUGCGAUUCUCGCGUCAACAACACGAAACGCUUCACCACCACCUUCAGUGCAAGGGUUGAAUGCGAAAACAUUUCCGUUCCCAUGUUUUGACGGCUCAUUCCACCCAUUCAUCAGAGCAUCAUAUUUCCCAGCAUCGUCUUCAGCAGUGCCUAUUCCCGGAACUUUCGCAUGGCCCCUCACGGCUCGAGGGAAGCCGAGGAGAGGAAUGCUUCGACGGGCCGUCUUCUCGGACGUGCAGCGCAAAGCGUUGGAGAAGAUGUUUCAGAAACAGAAGUACAUCAGCAAACCAGACAGAAAAAAAUUGGCGACGAAACUUGGCCUUAAAGACUCUCAGGUUAAAAUUUGGUUCCAAAACCGAAGAAUGAAAUGGCGCAAUUCCAAAGAAAGAGAGCUUCUGUCGUCAGGAGGUUGCAGGGAACAAACAUUACCGACAAAAAUGAACCCCAAUCCUGACCUGAGCGACGUUGGAAAAAAGUUUGAAACUGACGCGGUUCUGAGAGAAAGCCCGCGCGCGCCUUUCUGUCAGCCGCGCGGGGAUCACGAGCUCAACGUAGAUUUACAUUUCACUUCGCCUUCCAUCUCCAGCAAGCACUCAGACUUCUCAGAAUCAGAGGACGAGGAAAUAACCGUGUCGUAAUCAUUAAGCAGACUGUGUUAUUUUUAAUGACUUAUGUUUAUGCACAAAACAGGAGGAAAACUUUCAGAAAAGUGGUCUUGUUUGACACGGUAGUUGUGUGAACUUUAUAGGAAAGCUUUCAGUUUAAGAGAGAACGCUGUAACCGCUGCGUUUUUGGCAGCUUGUAUAGUGUUUUGUAUGAAUAUUUUGUAUGGAAUUUUUAUACCAAGAUUAUUAUUUCUUAAUGAUUUGGGAUACUUUGUCUAUAAUCUUAAAUACGUAGAUGGCACAUUUCUAACUUAAAAGUCUUAUAUUAUUUAGUAUACUGAUGUUUUUUUGUAAAAAAUGUAUAUACAUGUGAAAAAAUAUUUUUACAAAUUAAAAAU